AUGAAGUUCCAGGCCGUCCUUGUCUUCUUUGCCGGUGCUUUGGCUCUUGCCGCCCCUAUUGAAGAGCGAGACCUCCCUGUUGUUGGAACUCUUGGGUUGAGCAGUUUGCUAACGUGGUGGCAUUUUUGUCUCUAUCAGAAAUCAGCUAAAGGCGCUGUAAGUAAACAUCGCACAAAUCUUCAGAUCGUGACUUUUGCUGAUCGAUUAUUCAAGGCUGGCAAGGUCGCACCAUCCGCUGUUGACAAUCUACCAGCUGGAGGCCUUGUAAAAGGCUUGCCCUUAGCUGGAGGCCUCCUUGGAGGUGGUGCUGUUUUGAAAUCCUAUCUUGCAUCGGUGAUAUCAUAUCGCACUUUGGUGGGUGUCAAACAAAACAAGCAUUUGCUGACAGCAAAAACCGUGACGUAUAGUAAAUCAGUGAACGGUAUCAUGAGUGACUUUGCCGGAAAAGUCAUGGAUUCCAGGGCUUCUCUUCUUGUUAUACCUUUUUUUAGUGUCUAUGGUGAAUUGCUUAAACAUUCUGCAAUGUGA